AUGGUUCAAACAAUAUUGAGUAAUCUUUUAAAAGUACCAAUAUCAACAUGCUUAAAUAAUAAUUUAAUUCCAAAAAGGGUAAAUUAUGAUAUAAAAAAAUUAAUAUAUUUAUUUAAAAAACAGCAAUAUGGUAGUUAUACAAUAAUAUCACAAUUCCCAUUUGAUAAAAAUGUGCAAAGGAUAAAGAAAUAUAAUAACAUUGUUUUUACAAACCCAAAGAAUAAUUAUAGUACAAAAAAUAUAUAUAAAGAAAAUAAAAAUUGCAAAAAUGAACAACCCCAUAAUAAUAUAGGUUCCACAGUAUUUAAUAAAAAUAGUCAGAAUAAAAUAAAUUCCAGUGAUAAUAAUAAUAAAAAUGAAACGACAGAUAUUAUUAAUGUUAGUAGUAAACAUUUAGAUGAACAUGGAGUAUGUGAAACUGAAACAAAUGAGCAAACAAGUAUGGAAAAUGAAAAAAAAAAAAAUAAAGAAUAUAUGGUUUUAAUGUUUACAUGUAAAAUAUGUGAAAAAAAAAGUGCAAAAAAAUUUUCAAAACAAGCUUACAAUAAUGGAGUUGUUAUUAUUCGAUGCCCACAAUGUAGUAACCUUCAUUUAAUAUCUGAUCAAUUGGGAUGGUUUCAAGAUGGAAAAACAAAUAUAGAGCAAAUAAUACAAGAAAAAGGAGAAAAGGUUAUUAAAAAAUUUUCAUAUAACAAUUUGUUAGAAAUAGAUGAUCUCCUAAAUGCAUAUAAAUGA